AAGAUGAUAAUGCAGUGGCAAACUUUCCCGCCAAUUAGUGAGUGCUGAACGAAAUUUUUAAGUUAUCGUGGUUAUACUACCAUUCACGCGCGGUCGUGCGAAAUGUUAUUGAUAUUCGUAUGUAAGUUCGCAUCGUUGAAAAAACAAGGCGCAGCGUUUAAUAUUAGGUAACUUCGAAAUUGAAGCAGUCAUUCAGCAUUCAAAGUAAAUGAAUUUCUAAAAGCUCUCCUGUCAAAAUGUUUCGUGCCCCCUUCAAAAUUUAAUCAGAUGAAUAGCUCGAUGAGAACGAAACGUUAAAAACAUCGCCGGGUUCAUCGUACAAUGAAAAUUUUAAAGAUUUUCCAACCUUUCGUCAUUGUAAUUGCUUUUACAAUUCAUCACAUUUUUUUCGUAACAUUAACAAGCUCUAAAAUGCCUUUUGGAAUUUCCAACUUGAUGUAUGAUGAAAAAACAAAAGAUAUAAAGAACGAGUCGUAUUUAAUUUCACCCUUUACCGGUGUUUAUAGUAGGUCGGAUGAAUUUCCGAAUACGUACAAUGCGAGUAAAAAGUCGAGGAUUCCUUUUGUGGAUUUUUUCGGCCAGCUUUUUAUCGGUAAAACGAAAUCGAAAGAGAAAUUACAACGCAUUAAAAGCAUGAAAAGUACGUCCGAUUUCAUGCAUCGAAAUUAUAAAAAAAAUAGGUUAUACCAUGGCACGAGUAUUACGCAGCGAAAAGCAUCUGCUAUUGUUCCUAUUCACCGAAAACGAACCAAAAGCAAUCGACUUUUAAAAAAGUUCCACCACGAUUUUCGACAUAUGCACAAAAAGUCCAUGAAUAUCGAUCGUUCGUAUGUGAUGAAACGAAACGACCAAUUUUUAAAAAACAAAACCCAACAAACUGACAGUCUAUCCGACGGACACGGAAGAAAAAUUGGUUUUUCUAAGAAUCGAUUCAAAAGAACCACCGUACAAGGAAAUUUCAAACCGUAUAUGACACGAAAUGGAGAUCAAUUUGAUCUGUCUAAAGAGCAUCGUUCUUUCGAAUAUAAAAUUAAAGAUGGUAAUGCGAGCUCGAAAAAUUCCACCGUAACGAAUACCACAGAUACAUCAACCAGUUACGUGGUAGGUGUCACCACGGAGAAUGCUUACAAUUUGCUGAUGGUUUCGCAUUUUCAAAGUUUCGAUUCGACUUUGUAUUCAUCUGGUAAUGAUACGACCGCCGCCGCCGCCGCAGACGCCGACGUACCGAAGAAAAAUACGAAUAUCAUUUCUCAUUCAAUUAGCCCGGCUGUUCCGGUAUCCGGAAAUUUUGUGAAACGUGAUGCUGUUAAUUUUUCUUCAUCUUUCAACGCUCCAUACGCGAGCCCUGAAAAAAUAAUAAUGAAAUGGCCAAUAAAACGAGUAGUUUCGGUCGAAGGCGACGUUAUCAUAGGCGGUUUAAUGAUGGUUCAUUCGCGCGGCGAAGGGGACAAAUUAUGCGGACCCAUAAUGGCUCAAGGAGGGGUGCAAGCUUUAGAAGUAAUGCUGUAUACUUUGAAAAUGAUUAAUAAAGAUCCGCAUAUGCCUUUUAAAAUAGGUGCCCAUAUACUGGACGAUUGUGACACUGAUACUUACGGAUUGGAGAUGGCUUUAGAUUUCAUUAAAGCAAAUUUACAUUAUUUGGAUAACAGUGUAAAUGAUUCUCAAUGUUCGCAAGUGACAAAACCGAUUUGGGGUGUAGUUGGUGCCCCUUCCAGUAUAACAUCCAUUCAAGUAUCGAAUUUGCUGCGUUUAUUCAAAAUACCGAUGAUUUCGCCAUUUUCUACCAGUCCAGAAUUGAGUAAUAAGCAUAAAUACGACUAUUUCUGUCGCACGAUACCUUCGGAUUAUUAUCAAGUUCAAGUGAUAGCGAAGAUAAUAGACCAACUGAAAUGGACCUACGUGUCUGUGAUUUAUGAAGAAUCGAAUUACGGUAUAAAGGGACUGGAAGAAUUGGAAAAAGUUUUGAACGAACGUAAAAUUUGCAUAGCGAUCAAAGAGAAAGUAUUGAAAGAUUCAGGCGUUCCAAACGAAGCUUUUUAUGAUAAAGUGGUGGCAAAACUGUUGACUAAACCGUUAGCUAGAGGAGUAAUCGUUUUUGCUUCGGAUCAAGAAGUAGCCGGAAUAAUGAGAGCUGUGAAGCGUUUAAAUAUAACGAAUAGAUUUUCAUGGAUUGGAUCGGAUGGCUGGAGUGCUAGAGAUUUAGUUUCUGAUGGAAACGAAGAAGUCGUAGAAGGUACGAUUUCUGUCCAACCACAGGCUAAACCUGUUAAAGGUUUUUCAGAUUAUUUUUUCAAACGUUCUUAUGAAGAACACACCAAUCCAUAUUUUGCUGAAUACUGGGAAAGUCGUUUCGAAUGUCGAUUGCCAUUUGUACCAGUUACGCCUUUUAACGUUAAUUUUAAGAAAUCAUGUCAUUCUAAUUUAUACCUCGAAGUCAAUAGCGUUGAAAUUGAGAAUCAGUUGCAAUUUGUGCACCAAGCCACGUGCGGAUUUUGUCAUGCUUUAAUCAGCAUGCAUGCAGAUCUAUGCGGAAAGAAUGUAAAAGGAGUUUGUGACAAGAUGUGGAAAAGUAGAGGGUCGCUAUUUUUGGAGUACAUUAAAAAAGUUAAUUUCACUGAUUUUUCUGGCGAUGAAUUUCAAUUUGAUGAAAAUUGUGAUGGACCUGCUCGUUAUAACAUUGUUCAUUACAAACAGACUUCCCCUCGGGUAUUUAAAUGGAUAAAAGUUGGAAAUUACGAAAAUGGAGAAUUAAUCCUGAAUUUAGAAGAACUACAAUUUAAAAUUAAUGAAACGGAAAUGCCAGCAUCUUCCUGCAGCGAAGUUUGCAAAAAAGGAGAAGUAAAGAAGUACAUAAACGGAGAUAAAUGUUGUUGGAAAUGCAACGCUUGUUCAAAAUAUGAAGUUGUGUUACCAUCGGAUGAAACGGAAUGCAAACGAUGUAAACUAGGCACAAAACCAGAUAAAGAUCAGAAAUCGUGUAUUGAUUUGGAAGCAGUUCAUGUUAGAAACGAAUUUUAUAAGCUAUCCAUAAUUAGCAGCACAGCCUUUGGGUUUUUCAAUGUUGUGACCACUAUAACGGUUUAUAUGUGUAAUUUCAAUACUGCUAUUGUAAGAGCAUCUUCGAGAGAAGCUCAAGUAUUGGUAUUAGUGGGCGCAUUGUUCUUACACGCCAACGCAUAUUCCUUUUUAUUAGAUCCAGAUGAAGUUGUUUGCUCAAUGCAAAGCUAUUUUAGUGGAAUUGGAUAUGUAUUGAUUUAUGGAACAUUAUUCUGGAAGUCAUAUCGAAUAGUUCGUAUUUUCGAUUUGUCUUCUCAUUAUAAAAAUAUGAAUAGCUCAGCGUUUAUUUUAUUGGUUUUGGGAUUAUGUUGUAUUCAGAAAAUAAAAUCUGUCAUAUGGACUUACUUCAUAGAUCCCAGAAAAGUGACCUUCCAUUUUCGUGAUAAAGAUACCAAAAUAAAAUUGUGUUCAGCUUUCACUACAUUAGAAAUAGGAUACUUCAUAGCUUAUUUAUUUCCAUUAACGAGUAUUAUACUUUGUUACUCGCGAACUAAAAAAAUAACCAAUACACCUAAAAUCUUCAACGAUUCUCCUCAAAUAUUUUUUAGUAUUAGAUUCACAAUUAUUUCCUGGAUCGCGAUGCUGAUAAUGCAUUUUAUGACAUCAGACAUACUUCUCCGAGAAAAUGUCGUCGCUCUCGUUACCAAUUUCAAUGGAAUUGUAAUUGUCUUUGCGCUAUUCUACAGAUCUAUGUUCAUCAUAUUAUUCCGUCCGCAACUGAAUACCAGAGAAUACCUUCGAGCUUCUCGUGCCAAUCACACAAUGAAAUCUUCGCAAAAUGACGACUCCCAGCAAAGAGAAACCAUAUCUCAGUUAAUGAUAAAUGAAUUUUCUGGAGAAUGCUCUUACAAUCACGUUGUCGAACGAGAUGACUCCAGCGUCCAUAUUUUUACGCCCGUCGAUAACCCACAUAAUCGAAGAGAAAUCAGUGUUCAAGUUUCAGAGCCAUUUUUAAAUUCAAAAAUAUCAAAAAGUGUAUCAUUUAGGCCAAAAAAGAGAACAUUGUCUCUUAGUCAUAUUAAUGACAUUGCUGUUUUCCAAGAAGAAAAUCCGAGUUCAUGUAUAGCUCAUUGUGAUAUAAGUAUAACGCAACAUGCGAGUGAAUCCAAAUUACCGCGUAUUGAAGUAGGCCUACACGAUAAUAACUCGAAUAGUAGAGAAUCACAAUCAUCUUCCUACGAAAGUAUCAAUAAUAAAGAAACACACAAUUCCAAUUCUUCAACUACAAAAUCAAAUCAAAAAGCAGAAGUCGAUUCCCUUGAAGAAAUUGAUGAAAAAAACAAUAAAAAAUGCAAUAGCAAUGAAAAAUUCUCUUCUGAUGAAAGUGUUCAUGAAAUGUUUGUUCAAGAAAAACCGACAGAGGAAGAUGCCCAAGACUACGGAAUAUUAGAUGACGAGGAAAUUAACGAUUUAAGCACUCCAGAGAAUAACGGCCGUACUCAUACAAAAAAACACGAUUCCCAUCCAGAUUCUGACAUAGUUUAUUUUAAAGUGGUAGCUUGUGCGGAAAGUAUAAGUACGACGAAAUUACAAUAUAUGAACCCUAUUAAGUAAAACUCGAUUUACAGCCACAAACAAAAUUCCAUCUCAAUUAAAUUUUGGCCGAUUAUAUGAAUGGAGAAUCAUAAUUUUUUUAAUGAUCCAGUGAUAAGUAUACCUACCUUGGUAAUUAGGUACCUAAUCAAAUUUCGUCAUAUCAAAAUUCAAUGCUAUAGAUCUGAACUCACUUACCGACGUAAGUAAUUACACAGUAUAAGUGUGAGGUCGUAUGGACUUGACCAUCUGUAAGUCAACUGCCUUUCUAAUUUUAAACUGUAUGUACCUACUUAAAAGUACCCGUGCGUUUUAUAUUUUAAAUCUCAUGCGCAUUUUUUUAAUGUAAUCAAAUUAAUGCAUUUGUUACAAACUCACAACUUUGCAAGUCACUUUCCUAUCUCAAAAUGUGUGUUAUUGUUAUGUUUUCCUAUGUAUUUUAUAUGUAUUUUUAUCGUUGUUAUAUGGAUUUAUGAAUUGACCAAAAUAUUUGUUAUUAAAAUAUACGUCAUUUUA